AUGUCGACCAGCAGAUACAUAGAAUCACACCUACAUCUUGAUGGACCCGGGGAUAGACGUCCAACAGCUCUCCAAAUAAUAGAAGACGAAGCUCUAGAGGGCAAACUUGGCGGCAAAGUCUUUGUUGUCACUGGUGUCUCUUCUGGAAUUGGCAUCGAAACUGUUCGUGCCUUAGCAACAACAAAUGCUACGGUUUAUGGUCUUGUUCGGGAUCUGAAGAAGGGCGAGCAAGCCCUCGCUUCUAUCCUCUGUCCUGGUCGUGUUGAGCUGCUACAUUGCGACUUGGCAUCACUUGAAAGUGUUAGGUCCUGCGCCGCCCAGCUUUUGAAGAAGCCGAACAACAAGUUGAACGUCCUAAUCGCCAAUGCAGGAGUCAUGGCCAUCCAGACCCGGACGACCACUGUGGACGGCUUCGAAGCCCAGUUCGGAUCCAAUCAUCUCGGGCACUUUCUCCUCUUCCAGCUACUCAAACCCACUCUUCUGGCAUCCUCGACAUCGAAUUUUCAGUCACGAGUCGUGGCACUCACAUCCUCCGGCCACCGACGCUACGGCGUGAACUUCGACAACCUCAAUUUCGAUGCGCCCGAUUCUUACACUCCGUUCGAUGCAUAUGCUCAGUCCAAAACCGCCAAUAUCUACAUGGCGAAUUACAUUGAACGGCAUUACGGUAAUCGCGGACUGCAUGGCUUGACCGUACAUCCCGGUGGCAUCUGGACUAAUCUCGGCAUCCAUCUCCCAAUCUCGGUGACACAGGCCUUUCAAAGCGACACAAGAUUGCAAAAUACGUUCAAGUCUCCCGAGCAAGGUGCGGCCACAUCAGUGCUUGCAGCAAUUGGGAAGGAGUUUGAAGGUAAAGGACGUAUCUAUAUUGAAGACUGUGGGGAGUGGGGACCUUUCGAAGGAGGGACGCACAAUCCUGCUUACCGGGGCUAUGCGUCCCAUGCGUUUGACGAGGAGGCAGAGGAUCAGCUGUGGAAAAUCUCUUGCGAGUUAGUUGAUGUCUACGAUGACGACUAG